AUGGAUAAAACACAAUAUAAUCUGGAAACAAUUGAAGCUAACGAUUCAGUUUCUUCGUUUCUAUGUGCAAUUUGUCAAGAAGAAUUCAAUUCGGCCGAGAUCUUGGAAGCUCAUAACAUAAUUGUUCAUGAAAAUCUGACUUUCAAGUGUACAGCAUGUGGUAAAGAUUGUCCCUCAGAAAGAUAUCUUUCUGCCCAUAUGAUAAUAAACCAUGGCGAACAGGUGCGUGCUGAGAACGAUAUCACCAUUAAAGUAUCCAAUGAUAGAGUUGAUAGGAUUGAGGUAAAGGAGGAGAUAGAUCUGUUUGAAAUCAUUGAAGUAGGUUCAGAAAUCACAAUCCCACAACAAGAAGCCCUGAAUGAUAAUAUAGUGUAUAUAGAAUCUAAUGUUGAGUCUGUAGAAGGUACAACAGACCAUGGCAUUGAAAUUGGAAAUCAAUCAUCAGUACAGAUCUCUGAUAUAAAUGGCGUUGUGUCUAGACAGAACCCUCACGUAUCUAAUACUUUAGAGCUGCCAACUGGUGUUAUUUCUGAACAAGACACCUCAAAUACCAUUGUGCCGAAAGAAGCGAGUAAAAAUGGCUGUGGAAAUACAAAACAAAGCCAUCCUAAGACAUUUACCUCUAAAGGGAAUGAUAAUUCAAUGAAAGUUUUAAAAGCUAUGUUGAACCUAUAUCAAGUGUUCAGAAUUCAAAAAGUCCAGUGA